AUGAAUGGCGUCCAGACGAGUUACCCCGUCCGCUGGCGUGGCUAUCCACCGUCGUGGGACAGUUGGGAGCAUCGUGCCCAGCUGAUUGCUGAUGUUCUGGGUCUCGUCGAACAGUAUGACGAGACCCACCCGCUGCGUUCGAAGAAGGGCCGUCGGAAAACGACCUCCUCGAACGCGAGUACAGGGAUUGCAAGGUGUCAAUCCCUUCGGUCUUGGAAGAGAUGCGCGCCCUCCAGUAGGGACCAGUAG